GCGACCCGACGACAGGUAAUGGCUUCCGCCGCGGUGCUCCGGAACGCCGGAUCUCGCCGCCUCUUCUCCUACCCCACCCUCCGUGCUGCUGCAAUCUCGGGACCCGCCGUGCUACCAGAUGCGCCCGUGGCGGCGUCGGUGGCGGCCCAGCCGCCCCCGCUGGCCUGGACACUCUGGGCGAUGUCCAUGGCCACCUUCACACGCACGAAGCCCCAUGUGAACGUCGGCACCCUUGGGCACGUCGAUCACGGCAAAACCAGUCUCACUGCCGCUAUUACCAAGGGAAUAUCAACUACAAGGAAUUUGCUUGCAGAUGAUGCUAUGGUGCCUAUCUCCUCUCCUUUGACUCCUCCACUAGGUGACAGUGAAGAAACUGACAAAAAGGGGGCUGUGGUAAAACGCCUAAAGGUCCAAGCCAUAAAAAAAGAUAUCAAACAGAGUCCCAAGAAGGUGAAUCUAGUAGCAAAGCUGGUUCGAGGUAUGCGUGUAGAAGAUGCCCUACUGCAGCUGCAAGUGACUGUUAAAAGGGCUGCCAAAACCGUUUACCAGGUGAUCCAUUCUGCUCGGGCCAAUGCAUCUCACAACCAUGGAUUGGAUCCUGAUAAGCUCAUUGUUGAGGAGGCCUUUGUGGGAAAGGGACUUUUCCUGAAGAGAGUGUCUUACCAUGCCAGAGGGAGGUCCGGCAUUAUGGUGCGACCAAGGUGCAGACUGACAGUGGUGGUUAGAGAAGCUACAGCUGAGGAGGAGGCAAAGAUCGCCAAACUCAGGGUGAGCAACUACAAGAAGCUGACCAGGAAGGAGCAGCAGCUUAUGCCUCACAGGCUCAUCGAGGUUAGCCCGAGGUGGAUUCGCAAGAGGAAAGCGGAGGCUGGUGCUACGGCGUAGUACUUUAUGUAUGCAGAACCUGCAUUCACUGCUUUGCACAUCCGAGGAGCGAACAUGCCUUCCCUGGCACAAAUACUUGAUCCUCUCUCGGUGUCGAUUCACGCAAACGGGUUACAAAGCUAGGCUUGGUUUGUUUUGCUCUAAAUCCAUGUGGAUUGGAUGUGUUUAAAUCGCAAACAAGUCAAAAUCCUUUAUAAGUUUUUCUAAUCUCAUCAAAUCCACAUGGGAUAGAGAAUAAUCGAACAAGACCGUAGGUGGAUUCGACUAUUUGGUAAUCUUGGUCGUUUGGAGUCUAGGAAGAGAGGAAAAUGCUAUGUAUUUUAGCGAUGUGCAUUGUAGCCAACUAAAACCUCGCCAAAGCAUUGGAUGUGCAUGAGACACGUACCAUUGCUUCUACAAUUUCAUGCAACUAUUGGUUUCAGCUGGUUUC